UCCGACCCAUUAUAUACAAGUGUGUUAAAACUGUAAAGGCCAACAUGACCCGAUCCAAGAGGAACUGAGCUAUUAAACACCGAAAACAUAAAACCCUAAAAUCUUCUUUUCCCUUACCCACUCAAAACGCACACAGGACAUAGCGUACCAGAGCUCUCGCGGCGACUGAUACUAUAUACUAAAACGUCAUGAAGUUCAACAUUGCAAAUCCUACUACUGGAUGCCAAAAGAAGCUUGAAAUCGAUGAUGAUCAGAAACUUAGAGCAUUUUUUGAUAAGAGGAUAUCUCAGGAAGUCAGUGGAGAUGCUUUGGGUGAGGAGUUCAGGGGCUAUGUUUUCAAAAUCAUGGGAGGUUGUGAUAAGCAAGGAUUUCCCAUGAAGCAAGGAGUGCUGACAUCAGGUCGUGUCCGUCUCUUGCUUCACAGAGGUACCCCAUGCUUCCGUGGAUAUGGAAGGCGUAAUGGAGAGCGCAGAAGAAAGUCUGUUCGUGGGUGCAUUGUGAGUCAGGAUCUUUCUGUUUUGAACUUGGUUAUAGUGAAGAAGGGGGAAAAUGAUUUGCCUGGUUUGACUGACACUGAAAAACCAAGGAUGAGAGGUCCAAAGAGGGCAUCCAAGAUCAGAAAGCUUUUUAACCUUUCCAAGGAGGAUGAUGUUCGCAAGUAUGUGAACACAUACCGUAGAACCUUCACAACAAAAACUGGGAAGAAAGUCAGUAAAGCUCCAAAGAUUCAGAGGCUAGUAACUCCAUUGACACUUCAGAGGAAGCGAGCCAGAAUUGCACAGAAAAAGCAGAGAAUUGCAAAGGCCAAGUCUGAAGCAGCUGAUUACCAGAAACUUCUUGCCACUAGAUUGAAGGAGCAGAGGGAACGCCGCAGUGAGAGCUUGGCAAAGAAGAGAUCCAGGCUGUCUGCUGCUUCCAAGCCAUCUAUUGCUGCGUAACUAAAGUUUUUGUAGUUUCGUAAUUUUACCCAUAUGAUUGUGCAAUGUCCAAGUCAGCUUCUCUCUUUUUCUUUUUUAAUCAACAGUUGAGAGUUUGUUUUGUUAUGCUUGUUAUCAGCUUGACAUUGUAGCUAGCAUUACCUUAUGGAUGACAGUUUGCCAAAAUGUGAAUGUGGUUAUUUAUAGUAUGGGGAAUUCAUAUUCACUUUUUUUA